AUGAAUCCGACCCCUGGCCCUGGCCCAGUGGCCGAACAGGCUGGCGGCGCUCCAAAUAGACCUCCAGGGACCCAGAUGUACCGGCCCGAAUCGAUGCGGAACAUGCCGUAUCUCUCAGACGAAGAUAAAGUGAAAUACGAAAAAGGGUUGACAAGUUUGUGGAGGAGGUUUGAAGCAUCGGCUCCAAAUUCUGCCGAACAGGCAGAUGCCAAGAAGAAAAUCGUCGAAUUCGGCCGGAUGCUCAUGUCAAAGCUCCAUCAAAUGCGCUAUCACCAACAGCAACAGCAGCAGCGGCAACAGCAGCAGCAGCAGCAGCAGCAGCAGCAGCAGCAGCAGCAGCAGCAACAGCAACAGCAACAGCAGACUCAGCAAUUGCAGCAGACUCUGCAACAGCAGCAGACUCUGCAGCAACAGUUGCAGCUGCAGCAGCAGCAACUGCAGCAGCAGCAACUGCAGCAACAGCCGCAGAUGUUGCAACAACAGGAACUGCAACAGCCCGGCCAGGGCGCUCAAACGGCUCUUCAGCAGCCACAGCAGUCUCCCGUUGCUCCUCCUGCAGUCCCUGGCGGAUCUGGCAACGGUUUACACGCGAACGCUCAAACGCCUGCGGCGAACAGGCUCCAACCGCCCAAGGCAGCGGUUAGCGGUCCGUUCCCGCAGCAAAUUUCUGCCAGUAUCCUCAGCCACGUCAAUGAGUUGGUAUUCCAACCCCCCCCUACCGUUACAGAGAAGGAGAAGUGGAUCGAGGACAUGAAGACAAGAUAUGUUCGGGCACUUCAACAAAUAGAAAUUACCAGAAGCCAAAUCCAAGCGCUUGGUGACUCGGCCACGUUGAAGAACCUCUCCCCUGAUGAGGUGAAGUUGCGGCAGGAGGAGAAGACGGCGAUUACCAAACAGCACAAUGUCGCCAUAACCUUCGUGAAAAGUGUCCGGGCGUCAUGCCUUAGCAGUGCCAGCCAAAAGGCCCUCGCAAGCGCCGGCAAUGCUGCGCCAAACUCGAUGACUGCGAAUGCUUCACGCCCACAGGGCCAACAUUCUGCGUCUGUAGGAGUUGGGGCAGGUACUCGGCAGCAGCCAGGUCCGGGAGUUAGCGGGGCGCCUGUAUCGACAGCUUCAGGCGGGCCGAUGCAAAAUCCUACAGCCGCCGUCACAGCCGCUAUUGAGGCCGCGAAGAAGCAGCAGCUGGCCGCAGGUCGAAUGCCUGGCGCGAACGGUCUUCCUGGACCGCAACAGGGUCCGCCGCCGCAUCAAUUACAACAGGCGCAGCCUCAAACUCAAACACAGGCGCCGGCAACAGCUCCCCAGGUACAAGCUCCACCUACCCCUGUCACCCAGCAGGCGGCCCCUCCACAGCCUGCGAUCGCCUCGCAACCACCGGCUCAACAGCCGCCAUCAGCACCCAUAAAAAUCGAGCCAGGUACACAGCAACCACCACAUAUUCCUGCACCUCUCAAUACGGCUCUAGCAGCUUCUAGUGUUGUUGGUAUCCAGUCAAGCGGCACCCCCACCCAGAACUCUGCUCGCAUUCAGACGCCCCAGUCUGCCACACCUACCGGCGCCAAUAUUCGCCCACUCACGCAUGCCGCUGCCAUUAACCUCGCCGCCCAGCAACGCGCUGGCUCUCUCCCUGGACCCGUUGGUGGCGCUCAGAGCGGUACUCCGUCUUCUGUACAGGGCGGCGUCAUAGGCACCGCGCAACAAGGCCACCCCCACGCGCACCCACCUCAGCAGCAGCCCCUCGGGCAAGCCAACCUAACUUCCAAAUUGCCCAUCCCCAAAGUUCUCCCGGAGAAAGCUACCCAAAUGCCUACCCCGGUCCCAAUUAUGGGUGGAAUAGGAACUUCUCGCCCCAGCUACAGCGGGGGUGGUGGUAUUGGUGGAGGAGUCAUGAAUCAGCCCGCCCUUGCCAAGACCCCGGCCUAUCAACUUGAGGGUGAGGGUGAAAGAGUUCUCAACAAGAAAAAACUGGACGAGCUGGUUCGUCAAGUCUGCGGAGGAACGGCUGAGGGCCAGGAGGGUAAUUUACUGACCCCUGAAGUUGAAGAGUCGGUGCUCAACCUUGCCGACGCCUUUGUUGACGGUGUUCUUAACUCGGCCUGCCGCAAUGCCAAAGAAAGAGGUUCCAAGGUGCUGGAAAUCCGCGAUAUUCAGCUCGUUUUGGAGCGUAGUUAUAAUAUCCGUAUCCCAGGCUAUUCCAGCGAAGAGCUACGCACAGUGCGCAAGGUGCAGCCUAACGCGCAGUGGAUCAGCAAGAUGAGCGCGGUCCAGGCAGCCAAAGUGAUGCCCGGAAAAGGAGACCUGUAA